CCCAGCAAGCCCCCUCCCCCACCCUGAGGCUGGGACCAUUGAAAGCCAUGAAUUUUGAAUUUGAGAGGGAGAUUGGGUUUAUAAACAGCCAGCCAUCGCUCGCCGAGUGCCUGACUUCCUUCCCCGCUGUCUUGGAGACAUUUCAAACUUCAUCAAUCAAGGAGUCGACAUUAAUUCCUCCUCCUCCUUUCGAGCAAACCAUCCCCAGCCUCCAGCCGGGCGCCUCCACCCUUCAGAGACCCCGGAGUCAGAAGCGAACCGAGGAUGGGCCGGCUCCGCCGCCGCCGCCACAGCCGUCUCUCCUCACAGCUCCCCUGGCCCCCGAAUUCCCCUGGAUGAAAGAGAAGAAAUCGACCAAGAAACCCAGCCAAUCGGCCUCAUCCCCUGCCCCAGCUUCCUCUACAGUGCCGGCCUCUGGAGCUGGAUCCCCCGCAGAUACCACUGGACUUCAGGACGGAGGCGGCAGCGGGGCCCGGAGACUUCGCACAGCCUACACAAACACACAGCUGCUGGAGCUGGAGAAGGAAUUCCAUUUUAACAAAUACCUGUGCCGGCCCCGCCGGGUGGAAAUCGCGGCGCUGCUAGAUUUGACAGAGAGGCAGGUCAAAGUAUGGUUCCAGAACCGGCGAAUGAAACACAAACGACAGAACCAGCAUAAGGAACCUCUGGAUGGCGAAGCCGCUUACCCUGGGACUCUGGAGGAGGGCAGCGAUCCAGCGGAAGAGCCCGAGGGCAGCCCGGCCCUGGGUCAAGCUCUGGACGCCCCAUUGCCGUCCCUAGGGGAUAAAGAGGCCUGUUCUCUCCCCACCAAGUCCACCCUAGGUCAGUUAGGACCUCGGCUGCUGUCUGCCCCAUCAGAGAAUUCGAACGCUGAGAGCCCUCGGUAUCCCGAGGACAGGCCAGGGGCGAUCGAACCUGAGACACUCCUGGACGACUCAUUCCCUGAGGGGCAAGAUUCUCCCUUCUUGCCCGAUCUCAACUUCUUUGCUUCAGAUUCCUGCCUCCAGUUCUCGGGGGGGCUUUCCCCUAGCCUGCAAGGCUCCCUGGACAGUCCAGUCCGAUUUUCUGAGGAAGAUCUGGAUUUCUUCACCAGCACGCUCCGAACCAUCGACUUAGAACACCUACAAUUCCAAUAACACCCCUCCCCCAAACACACACCCCAACCACUUCCUCGCUCCUCCUGACCUCUUCACUUCGUACAAAGGAGUACUCUUUCUAGGUUAGAGGACUCCUUUCCCUUUCCCUCCCCUUUCCUCGUUUCCAUAGGAUCCUUUAUAAGUUUUACUAAAAAUUCAGUCAUUAUCGAAUUAGAGUCUUAUCCCUUUCCUUCUCCUCUCUCUAAUUUAUUAGACACUUGGACAUCUCUUUUAAAAACCCACAGAAAUCCUCUUGGUAAACCUCCAAUGAAAUCUCAGGAAUAAUAAAACUCGGGGGGGGGAUGAUUUCUUAAGAAGAAACAGAGGGACCUAUUUUCCUCUUUUUUAAGUUUUAGA